AUGCCCCUCGUCCCCGAGCCCAAGGCGAAGGUCACAAGCCGCUUGACACUGGCAGGCAGCCCGCAACUUGUGGCCUGUGUCGUGGCGGCUGUCGUCCUGCAGGCGCCUCCCAAGCCCCGCUUCAGCGCCUCCGAUCAGCUGUUGGCCACCACGGCCGACACAGCCGACCCCGGACAUCCUGCGGGAGGUCCUCUCGUGGACACCCUGACGCCCCCUACGACUCCCGCUCCCAGCAGGGGACUCCUACGCUCAGCGCCGCCCUUGCUGUCGUCCCUGCCGCUUCUGGAGCUCCCCCGCCCCGCCCACGACUCAGGCACCGUGUGUGAAGGGCGUGUGUGCGAAGGGAAGGCGUGUGGGCGACCGCGUGGAUGCAGCGGUGACGGCGGCAUGAAAGCGAGCAGCGAAGAGGCUGCAGGUCCUGUCCUGCCGGUGUGGCAGACGCUGAAGGGACUCAGUUCGAGGGACGUGCAGUGCAGCGGAAGCCCGACGAGCACCGCCCCAGGAAGCGCCGCGCCCGCCGCCGUCACUAGCCCAGGGGCGUCGCACCCCCACAGGAGUCUGCAAGCCUCCUCCCUGGCCGCGGAAAGGCUUGCUCGACUCGACACCGAACCCAGCGAGGCGCCCUCCCCAUCCUCCCCCUUCCCUCCCCCCCGCAUCGAGCCUCCCAACUUCCUGAUGACCCCCGAGGGCGAGAGGUCGCCCUCCAUGGCCAACGGCUCGGCUGGGCCCCCCCUCUCCGCUCCCCCCGUCCUGCCGGGGAACGAGGCUCACAAGCGAGCUCCGUGGGGCCCGCCCUCCUCCUCCACCACCUCCACCUCUCUCUCCAACACCAACCUCACCCUCCACAACAACAACAACAAUAACAACAACAACAACACCGUUGUGAGCAAUAACAGCAUCAACUACGCAGCGUCGCCCAAGGAGGAGCGGCCGGACGAAGAGGCGUCGCAUGUCUUCAGAGAAAUCGGACCGUUCGCGCCCAGGUCUAAUUAUGAUGAUGGCGCUGGAAUAUAG